AUGAGUCACAGCCCAGAAAGGAUCUCGUCGUACCGCAGACAUUUCGAGGAAUGCACCACCUCCUCGUCCUCCACCGCGCUCCAGGUGAGGGUGUCCAGCGCCUCUCCUGCCCGCCAGCAGCGCUCCGCUAGCUACUCCCGCUCGGCCGCAGCCUCAGCUGCCAACGGCAUGGCGAUGGGACGCAGGGCUGUCUCCUCCUCCCGGAGGUCCCUGAUGGCGAGCGGCGCAAGCAUGGGCUCCGUCUGUGUGGGCGCCAAUGGAGAAGAGAUAGAUCUGGACGCAGCUGCCGCCGAGAAUCAGGAAUUCCUCAACACUCGCACCGGCGAGCGCAAGGAGAUGGUCGUGCUGAACGACAGGCUGGCUGCAUACAUCGAGAAGGUCCGGUCACUGGAGCAGCAGAAUAAGCUGCUGGAGACAGAAAUCGAGGCCCUCCAGAACCGGUUCCUGAAACCCACGGGCCUGCGCAUGCUGUAUGAAGAGCAGCUGAAAGAGCUGAUGAGACUUGCUGAUCAAAUGAGAAGGGAGCGGGACCUGGCUGUUGCUGCUAAAGAUGCCAUGGCUGGACAGCUGGAGAUGAUGAAGGCCAAAUAUGAGGAAGCUGUGGAGCUGAGGAAGAAGGCAGAGAUGGACCUGGAGAACUUCCGCCCUGAUGUUGACGCAGCCACCUCCGCCCGCAUUGCUUUGGAGAAACAACUUGAAAACCUGGAGGCCGAGAUUGAGUUCUUGAAGAGAAUUCAAAGACAGGAAAUCGAGGACCUCAUGAAACAGAUCUACGCUGCCCAUGCCUCCGCCCAAGGCGCCUACGGCCUUCCUGAUCUCUCGGAUGCUCUGAAGCAGAUUCAGAACGAGUACGACACCAUCGCAGCAAAUAAUCUUCAGAAAAUGGACUCGUGGUACAAUUCAAAAUUCGACGAUUUAAACAACAAAUCCACCAAACACGUGGACAGGAUUCGUGGUGCCAGAGGGGAGCUAUCAACGGCCAAAAAAGAUAUUCAAGACAGGGAGCGAGACCUGGAUGGUCUGAAGACUAAAAAUGAUGCUCUUGAAGCACAGAUUCUUGAAGCUCAAGAGAGACACAAGAGAGAGCUGAAGGCUCUCCAGGCCAGGAUCGAGGCUCUUCAGUUGGAGCUGAAAUCCACAAAGGGGAAAAUCGCUCAGCUGCUGAUGGAGUACCAGGACUUGCUCAAUGUGAAGAUGAGCCUGGAGAUUGAGAUCACAACAUACAGGAAACUUAUUGAGGGUGAGGACGUGCGCAUCACCAGCAUAGUGCAGGGACUGAUGAGCAUGAAAGCCAUUAGUGCUGGGAUGACAGCUGGAAUGGCUGCCCACCUGGGAAUGGCGGCCAGUGGUCUUGCUGUCGGAAGUGGUGAAGCAGCCAAUGGAAAUGGAAGCCUUGGAGCGGCCCUGGGAAAUGGCGUCCACGGCGAGACCAUCGCCACCUACUCUGAGGAGCAGGCAGUGGAGGUGACCGAGAGGAAGACCGUCCUCAUCAGAACGGUUAAGAACGAUGACGACGACACAGUUGAGAGUGACACACAGGAGUGCAGCUACAUCAUUGAAGGAGCCGCUGACGAAGAAGAGGAAUAG